AUGGCGGUCGGGGCCCCGGCAGGGGCAUCGCACAGCGUCUGUAUGGUGUCGGACUUCUUCUACCCCAACAUGGGGGGCGUGGAGAGCCACCUGUACCAGCUGUCACAGUGCCUCAUUGAGCGAGGCCACAAGGUCCUGGUGGUCACCCAUGCCUACGGCCAACGGAAAGGCAUCCGCUACCUCACCAACGGGCUGAAAGUCUACUACUUGCCCCUGAAGGUCAUGUACAACCAGUCCACGGCGACGACACUUUUUCACAGCCUGCCCCUGCUCAGGUACAUAUUUGUGCGGGAAAGGGUCACCGUCGUCCACGCCCACAGCUCCUUCUCCGCCAUGGCCCACGAUGCCCUCUUCCACGCCAAGACCAUGGGGCUGCGGACCGUGUUCACGGACCACUCCCUCUUCGGGUUUGCGGACGUCAGCUCAGUGCUUACCAACAAACUUCUGACAGUGUCCCUGUGUGAUACAAACCACAUCAUCUGUGUCUCCUACACAAGUAAGGAAAACACUGUGUUGCGAGCUGCUUUGGACCCUCGGAUAGUUUCUGUCAUCCCCAACGCUGUUGAUCCCACCGACUUCACUCCAGACCUGUCACGGAGGGAUGACUGUACAAUAACAAUUGUUGUUGUCAGCAGACUUGUUUACAGAAAAGGUAUAGAUUUGCUUAGUGGUAUAAUUCCUGAGCUCUGUCAGAAAUAUCCAGAGUUACAUUUCUUAGUUGGAGGAGAAGGACCAAAACGAAUCGUACUGGAAGAAGUCCGGGAAAGGUACCAGCUACAUGACAG